CAACGCGGGGCGCGGCGGCGCAGGCGGGCGGGCGGAGGCCAUGGGCAGCUGGGCCGCGGCGACAUGGCGGCUUGGUGGCUGCAGAGGGCGCGGCGGCCUCCGCGGCGUACCGCGGCGGUGGGGCAGCUCCCGCCCCGGCGGUGGGGACCGGGCGGCGACCCUGAGCGACCUGCUGCAGAGCUCGGUGGGGGGCGAGGAGCCGGACGCGGCGGCGGCGGCGAGGCGGGAGCGGCGUUCCCCCCGGGAGGGCACGGUGCUGCUCUUCCCCGGGCAGGGCAGCCAGUUGGUGGGGAUGGGCCGCGGGCUGCUGCAGUACCCCGGCGUGCGGGACAUGUACAGCCUGGCAGAGAAGGUGUUGGGCUACGACCUGCUCUCCCUCUGCCUGGAGGGGCCGCAGGAAGAGCUGGACCGCACCCGGCACUGCCAGCCCGCCGUGUUCGUCGCCUCCCUGGCCGCCGUGGAGAAGCUCAACCACCAGCGGCCUGAAGUGGUGGCGAAGUGCGUGGCGGCGGCGGGAUACAGCGUGGGGGAGUUCGCGGCGCUGGUCUUCGCUGGAGCCAUGGGUUUUGCCGAAGCGCUGUACGCGGUCAAAGUGCGCGCCGAAGCCAUGCAAAAGGCGUCGGAAGCCGUCCCCAGCGGAAUGCUCUCGGUUAUCGGUCGGCGAGAGGCAAAUUACAAAUUUGCCUGCUUGGAAGCCCGUAAACACUGCGAGUCGCUGGGUAUAGAAAACCCCGUGUGUGAGAUUUCAAACUAUUUGUUUCCAGACAGCAGAGUCAUUGCAGGACACUUACAGGCUUUGGAGUUUUUGCAGGAGAAUGCCCGAAAAUAUUAUUUUACACGUACAAAAAUGCUUCCGGUCAGUGGGGCUUUUCAUACCAGACUUAUGGAACCAGCGGCAGAGCCACUGGCUGAAGCCCUAAACUCGAUUAAGAUUGAGAAACCUCUGGUCUGUGUCUAUUCCAAUGUUGAUGGCAAAAAGUACAUGCACUCAAAGCACAUUCGGAAGCUGUUAGUGAAGCAGGUGGUUUCACCUGUUAUGUGGGAACAGACCAUGCAUGCUGUAUAUGAAAGACAGCAAGGAACAGAAUUCCCUUACACAUAUGAAGUGGGGCCUGGGAAGCAACUAGGAGCUGUUCUCAAAAAGUGUAAUUUAAAGGCCUGGAAACAAUAUAACCAUGUAGAUGCUCUGGAAGAUGAGGAAGCGGCAAAGAUCUAAGUAGCCUUUAGAGUAAAAAGUCCAUGCAACUUGUUUUUUUCUACCUAAAUUUUAAAAACCAUAAACUUUCUGUGCUCCCGGAAGUCUUAAACAUUUGUAGCUUCCUGUGAUGAAAAGAGUGCAUGUAAUCCAGAUGAACAUUUUCCUUUCUUUGUGUGCCUCAGGUGUGGAAGGGGAGAGCUAAGUCUGGCUCUUCCAUCUGUGUCAGGACUGCAGAACUGCCAAUAAAGAUGCCAGACAGUCGCCUGUUUGGCCUCAAUCCUGCAA